AUGGUUUUACCUGGAGUGUCAUUGGCGAAAUCAAUACCAUCAAAUUGCAAGCCUCUCUCUACUCUUUUUUAUUAUAGUCCGAAACUCUCGAAAGAAUCCGACACCAUUUUAACGGACAACACUACUUACAGACAGCUCAUAGGCCGACUCUUUUACCUCACAAACACUAGACCCGAUAUCUCUUAUGAUGUGGGACGUUUGAGCCAGUUUUUGGACUGUGCAACCACUUCUCACCUACAGGCUACUUUUUGCAUACUCCGAUAUUUAAAGGGUAGACCUGCAACUGGUCUAUUCUUCUCCUCUACUUCUAAUCUGCAUCUCACCAGAUUUGCCGAUGCUGUCUGGGCUACUUGUGCCGAUACUCGUCAUUUCAUUCUAGUUAUUGCUUCAUGCUUGGGAACUCUCUCGUUAGCUGGAAGAGUAAGAAGCAAACCACAGUUGUCAAAUCCUCUGCCGAAGCUGAAUAUAAGCCUCUUACUGUUACCACUUGUGAAGCUAGUUGGUUAUCAAAAGUCUAUCACUCUAUUCUGUGACAAUAAUCCAUCUUUCAUGAAAGAACCAAACACAUUCAAGUAG